ACCUGACUUAACUGCAGACUAGGGGGACACAUACCUGGGUGACCUUUCUCUUAUUUUGGAAUCAAAUCUUUACUUGUUUACUUCCGUUUUUUGCAUACAUACAACUUCACACCUCUUCAACCGCUAGAUAAUAGAACUUCACUAGGUAACUAGUACACCUAGGACUUGGAUUGACGUUUAAAAUCUUAACCACUAUACUAUGUUCCUAGAUUGCGAUUACACUCAAUCGUAAUUUAGUUGUGUCGGUAUUAGUCUCAAAUAGAUUUGGAAAAUGAUUGUAUUUUUUUGGCAAAAUACACUUGCAUAGCCAAAACUUUCACCUUUGUGCCACUUAUAGCCACUCUUGGCGAAAUACCACUAAUAGCCACUUUUGAAAGAUGUUGCGUGCCAAAUAUAGCCAUUUCCGUUAGAAACUAUGACGGUGUUAAUAACUCCGUCAAUUUAUUUGACGGUCGGCUGACGAGGCGCCAAAUCAUCAGCCACGUCAGCGACAACUAAGCAUAUAGUGACACGUCAGAUUUUUUAAUUAUUUAAUAUUUAAUUACUACAUUAAAUUAUAUAAAAAAACAAAAAGAAAGAAAAGAAAAAGAGAUGAAAAUCUCUUACUUCCCCGAUCCCUUUGAACUUUCUGAACGCCAAAACCCAGAAUCAAGAAGACGUUGGCUCUUCGUCGGAGGAUUUGAAGAGCAAUCGUCCAGAACUCUCCACCUCCGCUGCUACUCUCCAAGACCCGUUUUCUUCUCCACCAGCAACCCCCCACCACUCCUCCGGAUCUUGAACCUCUUGCCAGCUUCUUCGAUUCCGAUGCCAUCACCUCUCCGGGUAAACCUAUCGUCGGCCGCCAUUGAAUUCGGCGCCGCGCCGGUUCAUCUCCUCAUGUCCAACAUCUUCACCACUUCUCCGAUGGAAAUGGAUUGUUGCCCUUCUCUUCUAAUUCUUCCCAACUUCAUCUCCUCUUCUUCAAAAAUUCCCAAAUCACGAACUCAAUCGAACAAAAAAUCCCUAAUUAAAAAAUCCUCCCUAUCCUGUGGAGAAAUCCAGAUCUGAGGCAGGAGGAUUCAAUGGUCGCUGCCGGCUGAGGAGGAACGUGGAUUUCUGCUGCCACCACAGCAAUUGCAGUGGCAUCUCGGUAGAGAACAAAAAUGAACACGGAAAUGGGGCAGAGAGCUCGAAGAAGACGGACAGCAGCUCCGACUCCCACUCGAUUGAGCAGCCCAACGGCAGCGCCACUCCGGCUGCUGCUGAGUCCUCUAGCCGCCGCCGCGACGAUCAAUUCGAGCUGCAAAUGCUGGAGGAAUCGUGCCGGGGGCUCGAUUUCUCGGACCACAAGGAGGACGAUUUCUUCGCCGACAUUCUCAACGACGACAUUGUCCGCCUCGACGAUCAGCUGUCGGCAGGCCUCGCUGCCCCGAACAUUUCGGUCUCUGCGGCGGCUGCGGCAAUACAGGGGCUGGCGCCGCAACAGUAGGGGAAGCUGGGAGAAGAAUCGAAAGACAGGGGAAGGGAAAGGGAAAGGGGAGAGGCAGAGGCAGAGGAAGCGGAGAAGGAGAGGCAGAAGAGGGAGAAGAGUAGGAGGAGGAGGAAGUAGAGUAGGGAAUGGGAAAUAUGUACGGACGCCAUGGAUUUACAGGGGAAAGCUUUGGAGAAGAGCUGCAAUGGAGGAAAGAGAUUUUAGGGAUUUUUGUUGUUGUAUGGUGUUGGGGGUUUCCUGUUAAAUUAAUUAAUUUUUAGUUAAUUCCACCUCACCUGACAAUUUGUAGCCAGGUCAACAUCUACGUUAGUCCAGUCAGCCAUUUGAUUAACACCGUCAAAGAAUUGGACGGAAGUGGCUAUUAGUGGUAUUUCGCCAAAAAUGGCUAUAAGUGGCACAAAGGUGAAAGUUUUGGCUAUACAAGUGUAUUUUGCCUAUUUUUUUAUGUAUUAGAUUUGAUAUUACCCUAUAGAGACUUUCAUCUUUCCAUUAAAGUCUAAGUUUGUUUGAUUUUAUCUCAAAGUUGUCUUGUACUCAUGUGAUAUAUGAACUUUGUUGCUAUUGUUAUAAUGAAGAUACUUAAAAAGU